UUGAUGACUUCAGACUGGCUGAGCCAGGCAGAUGUUUUUCUCAACAUGCACACAGAAUGACUCAGUCCUUGCUACAGUCACUUCCUGUAUGGGCACUGCGAAGAAAAAAACGAGGAGAUCUGACUGGCUCCCUGUUUGCCUGUUUCCUGAAAAACAAAAACAGUGAGGCAUACAUGUUGGAAAAGUUUGGGGCCCGGGUCUCUGUCAGUUAAGAACAACAGAUCCCUGCACGUGUGUGAGUGCUUGGCAUGUGUGUCUACUGUACAGCUGCCAACCUACAGAACAGCGUCCUGCAUCAGUGUUAGAUGUGUCCAUGAGAACGUCUGCCCACAAGAAGAGAGAAGGGGAUAUAGGACAGGAAAUGGUAAAGUAAAAGCAUUGAAAAGCGCUCGAAAGAGUACAAGAAGGUGUCAAAGCAAUGAUGGAUGAUGGCUGUGCAGAUACCUGUAAAGUUCUCGUUGCAGAAACUCCUGAGUGCUUCAUCUGCAGAGAAGUGCAGCUGGUGGACGGAGAACAACUGAAAAGAUUUUGUGACUGCAAGAAUCUCAUGGCACAUCAUAGUUGCCUGCUCACUUGGGUCAGAAUGGGGCUGAAGAGGGAGGAUCAGCUGCGGUGUCGCGUGUGUAAUGCAGAGUACCAGCAGCAGAGAGUUGCCCCAUGGCAGUCCGUGGCGUCUCAGUGGCGUGUGUGGCCCGUGCUGGUGGUGGCAGUGGUGAUGGCGGCCCUGGUUCCCUACACUGUGUUCUGCAUGCUGACAGUCUUUGAUAAUGACCAUCCACAUACUCUCUUCAACAUGGCUGCCAUCUGCUUUGGCAUCCUCUCUGAAAUCCUGCUGCUCAGGCUCUUAUACUGCUAUAUCACCAACCAUUUCCGGAAAGCACAGCGGGCAUCCUUCAGUCUUCAACCUCGGAACCUGGAGGAGGUGCAGGAGGCUGGGGUCAGAGGUCACGACCAUAAGGCAGAUGCCCUUUGGCAGUGGAAAAGCAGCCCUGUGGUGGAAAAGGCAAAGCAGAUUGACUCACAGUGAUUCAUUUAACUUCUGGACAGGAUGGAGUGUCUGCCUGCUGCCCUGAUGGCUGAGAGUCAGCAGUACCAACCUGGCGCAAGCAGCAGAGCAUCACAUACCCAGUCUCACAUGGAAUUCACAGGAAUGUGAAUAAUGAUUGUGAACAAUUUUGUUGGAUUUCAUUUGACCCUUACCCUGACCUUACCCAUUCAAAACGUGGCAUAUUUGUUGUUAAUAUUGCUUCAAUAAUUUGUGUGUGGAAGGAUAUAAGAUGCUUCUGGCUUUGAUGUUUGCCUAUUUCCUCUCUUGUUGCACUUGAAUUGGGUUAAAGCCAAAGUCCGAUGCUGUCCAAACAUGGCUGGUGUGGAUCCAGAAUUUCAUUCCAACCAGAAGCACACCUGAUUCGGCUGAGCAAACUCUUGCUUAAUGAGUUAUUAUUGCUUGUUCAGUCGAGUCUGAUGUAUUCUCACUGGUAGGAAGCAUGCACUGAUUCACUCCCAGUCUUUGUAGUUGAGGAUAACAUGUAUGUUUAGAACAAGUUGUAUGUGUUACAUUUAAAUUUUGUAUUUGUUAAUUGCACUUGUCACUUUUAAAAAAGUUACUUAGAACUCCGUAGUGUAAGUGUACACUUCCCGUAAGUGUAGCUAAAGUGUAACAUGAGCAGGUGAUCAUCCAGGUCCCCAAUAAUCAUGAUUCUGACCACGUUAAUUCCUUAAACUCUAAUGGCAAGACAAGAGAAUUGUCUUUUCUGACAACUCUGCAAUCUUUGAUUAUCAGUAAAUUGUAAAUGAAUUUACAUUUCUGCCAAUUUUGUUUUUGUUUCGAGAAAUACUGACCUGACUGUGAAAUAUUGACUGUGAAAUAUUGAUAUAGACUGGCAUCCUGCAGUGUGUUUACUCUCAUGCAGGACAGAGUGGGAGGUCUGGUAUGAAGUUUGUGGGACAAAGAGGGAUAUAUUUCAGUAACAUUCAGUAAAAUGCCAUUAAAACCCUUACUUGAAAUGAGCAAAAUGAUAAACUGCCAAUUUGUUUUGGUUUUCCAAAAAAAAAAAAAAAAAGAUAUUUAAUUGGACAUGUGGACUAAGUAUUCAGUUGUUGUUGAUUCAGAAACCAAAUUUCUAUCUAAGACAAAAAGAGUGGCAACAUUUUAAAUAACAGUGAACGCAAAUCUGGUUUGUACAGGUUUGCUGAUUAUUCAUUCAUUCAUUCAUUCAUCUUCAGUAGAACUGCUUUAUUCUGGUCAGGGUCUCUGUGGUCUAAAGUACACAUAUUUUCAGAAAUAGAACCAAUUGUGUUCAUUAGGAAAUAUUACAGGAAGAUUACACACAGAGGAAACUGUGCAUGCAAGCGGAAUUAGUCUGAAUUUCUCUGAAAAUGGGGGUCGGAGGGUGUAAUCUCAUAGACGUAGUAAUCUAUGGUCACUUCGCAGUCCCUGAACUACAACUGCAAGCUGGCACAUUCAGUCUUCUUUAGUGCACCAUGAGGUGCCUUUUGCAAGGAAACAUUCUUUUUAUUACAUUAGUUUUCUCACUGUCAGUAAUCACUUCAGCCUGAUCAGGGUUGUGGUGGAACCUGGGAACACUGGACAUGAGGCAGGAAUACACCUGGGAUGGGACACCAGUUCAUCACAGGGCACCAUACACACAUUCACAUCUAGGGGCAAUUCCCCUUAACCAGUCAACCUAGUGGCAUGUUUUGGGGAGGUGCGAGGAAACCCAUGCUGACCCACGGAGAACAUACACAGAAACUGUGCACAGACAGUAACCUGAGCUCAACAUUGAAGCAAGAAUCAGGAUUGACCAUUGCUGUGAGGCAGCAGUGCUACCCUAGCUCAACUCUUACAUGUAGUCCAGCCCCAAAAAGGCCUUGAUCAGUCAGAUCCCACAGUUACUGUGUGAUUAUCAUCCUCUACUACUAUAGAGGAAUAGUACAAGAUUACAAUCAUCUCUUGUGGAGAUUACACUUCACUUACAUGCACAAUUUAAAAAAAGCAAAAGACAUAUGGGCUUGUUUUUCAGCAGAUGUGAUUCGCUUCUGAACUACGCUCAGUUUGAUUUGACCUUUACUCUUAAUUAGAUUUGUUCAGAAUGAUAGUAAACUGAGUGUCCUGUUGUUUCUCAUUAUAAUAUUAAUACUUCCACUGUUUUGUGCAACUUUAUUAAGAACAGUUUUUUUGGUUAUUGUGAAAUAUAACCAAUGCUCAUAUGCUCAAUAUUAUGUUACAUUCCUACAUCAACUAAUGUAAAAUGAUAUGCAGUACGCCUGCAAUAGCCAGGUGUUUGCUGUUGAGGGGUGGUUUCAAAUUUUGCUUUUCUUUUAAAAACAGUGAUUAUACUCCUCCAUGAAUGCGGUCAUGUAAAUUUAAUUUUCUGCUUUUGGCAGCAAUGGAAAUUUAAUUUUCGGCUAUUGGCAGUAAAAUAUAAGUGUAAGUUGUAAAGUCAUAUGUUUUCAGUUUUAUAUUGCUUACCCGGUAUUUGUUUGGGAUACCGCUCUCAUUUGACUGUGAUAUUGAGAAAUAAAGUAUUAUUAUUUUA